CUUACUUUUACGACAAGCCGUAAAUCGAGUCUUCAAAGAUGGCGGCUUUGAGGCAUCUACAUUUCUUGUGAUACUUGAGCCAGUGAAGCAAGUCUUUAUUUGCCACAAAAGCGUUUCGCUGUGGACUAUUAAAGAGAAACAGAAGUGGAAGUAUUGUUUGACGAGAGGAAGCAGUACUGGGCUCGGGAAAAGCUAUGUUUCGUUCUAUAACGAGGUGACAUUGGGAGUAGCAAUGACUGCUAGCUAGCUACCCGACAUUAUUCAAAGAAUUGUCUCUAGCAUUAGCUUAGCUGGCUAACAUAUAAGUCUUAGAAAGUCGUAGUCGGCAUCAAUGGACACGGAUACGUCCACACUCGUAUGCACCGAGCCCCUUUUCUAACUGGACACCCAACGCUCGCUAAUUUAGCUAUAAAAUAGAGUUUAGGUUAGCUAGAAAGCAAGUAGCUGGAAACUUUAGCUGCCAUUUACAGGAUGGCGGUGUGGUCACGCCUCCCUUCCGUCGGCUUGGUAAGCCGAGCGCCGCGCAGUUUAAGCGUCUUCUCCUCCACCCCUUCGCCCCCUGCUUGGACUCGAGUCGUCUCGGACGCGGAGAAGAUCGUGGGGUACCCCACCUCCUUCAUGAGCCUGCGCUGCCUCCUCAGCGACGAGCUUAGCAACGUGGCCAUGCACGUGAGGAAACUGGCCGGGACCAAGCACCCCUUGCUGAACACCGCCAGGGGAUUCGUGUAUGACAGCAAGCACAGUCUGCAGUUGCGAGGCCUGGUGGUGCUGCUCAUUUCCAAAGCGGCGGGUCCAGGUAGCCCCGCCACGGACACCCUCCUGCAAGACAUGGUCAGCGGCAUCUACCCCAGUCAGCGCAGCCUGGCUGAGAUAACGGAGCUGAUCCACACAGCGUUCCUGGUGCACCGUGGGAUAGUAAACCUGAAGGAAUGGACAUGCUCAGACGGCCCACUCAAAGACAUGCAGUUUGGAAACAAGAUGGCCGUGCUGAGCGGCGACUUCCUGCUGGCUAAUGCCUGCACGGGAUUGGCUCAGCUCAACAACACCAAGGUGGUCGAGCUGAUUUCCAGUGCCAUCGGAGAUUUGGUGCAGGGUGUGUACCAUGAGAACCAUGAGAGCACGGCAGAGGUGAAGGAGGAGAACCUGUCGGUGGCAUCGUGGGAGGACCAGAUGUUCCUUUCCCACGGCGCACUGCUGGCAAAGAGCUGCCAGGCAGCAAUGGUGCUGGCUGGGCACGACACGCAGGCCCAGGGGCUGGCCUACCAGUACGGGAAACACCUCGCUCUUGGGCACAAGCUGAACUCGGACCUGCAGCCGUUCAUGAGGAGCACUGCUGAGCCGGCCCUGCUCCAUCUGGACUCGGCCCCGGUCUUGUUCCAUCGGCUCACGGUUGGCUCCCAGGGGUGGCUCCAGCAGGUGCAGCAGACACAGAGCACGACGAAGCGGACAGAUUACUCAAAGCUCUGGGACCUGGUCAAGACCGGCACCGGGGUGCAGCAGGCUGCCGACCUCUGCAGUUACCACGGCAGCAAGGCCAUGGAAGCCAUCAGCUGUUUCCCGGCCUCUGAGGCACGCUCGGCCCUGGAGAACUUAGUCGGGGCCGUCACAAAGAUCUAAGGACCCUUCCCGUUCUGGAACCAGGACCCGGAACAUUGGCCUCGACCAAUCCGGCCACCGGUUUUGGAGAGUGACCUCCCAAGCCCGUUCCUCCGGACUUGGUUCAUACGUUGCCAUUUUUAAAAUGCGGUUGUGCAGUUUGGACCAGAGGGUGUAUGACGAGAGGAUGUAUGUGUGGAGUCCUGAUGAGGGCGCUGCUCACUGUGGCGAGAUCAGUUGGCGCUCGCUGCAGUGUGUGUCAAUACUGAUGUAUUUUACUGGAGGAGGCUUCUGAUGUCAGUACAGCAGGAAAUCACUGUGGGAUUCAGUGUGGCACAGCACACUUGAUGAUAAUGUUUCCCUCCACACACCAAAAAUAUAUGCCCUCUUCUAACA